UACGCUUCAAUCAAGAUGGGAGGCGAUAAUUCGAUCCCUGAAUACAAUACUGUCACGUGGUUUAUGAUGAUGUUUGGAACUGCAGGCUCUGGAACGGGACUCGUGUACUAUGGUGUUGGAGAACCAAUAUUUCAUCUGAGCUACAACAGAUACGUCGCCGAGGGUUACCUUUCCUUCGAUCAGAUUUCGCAAAUUGCCAUCAAUCUUGCAUACUAUCAUUGGGGGAUCCAUGCUUGGAUGUGCUACACCAUCGUAGGGAUCUCUAUGGGAAUCGUGGCGCACCGCAUGGGAUUACCUCUCACGAUUCGAUCCGGUCUCUUUCCUAUAUUUGGCAAGUACGUGUUCGGUUGGUUUGGAGACUUGGUAGAUGCUCUGUCGAUCUUCACCACUCUCUUUGCAAUCUGCACAAGCAUGGGUGUGGGUGCAAUCCAGAUCAACACAGGGCUGAAUUUAUUAUUCGGGGCGAAACAAAGCAAUCUUGUGCAAGUGAUUCUCAUCGCUCUCAUGACUGUCCUUGGAGGAAUUUCCGCUCAUGCUGGGUUGAAAAGGGGAGUCCGUGUGCUUUCCAUCAUCACUUUCUGCACUAUGUCGGCGCUUGCCUUCAUGGUCUUGUUUCUAGACGACACGACCUAUCUUCUCAACCUUCUUGUCCAGUCUUUUGGGUAUCAUAUCCAGCACCUUAUGGACUUGGGCUUCUACUCCGACGCUUUUGAACAGCUCAACGUUGUGGUAGACAAAAAGUCUGGGCCGGCGGUCUGGAUGGACUGGUGGACGGUGUUCUAUUGGAGUUGGUGGGUUUCCUGGUCUCCUUUCGUUGGGAUGUUUAUUGCCAAAAUAUCGAAAGGUAGGACAGUAAGGGAGAUCAUCAACGCCUCCCUCACAGGCCCUGUCCUCUUCAAUAUGAUCUGGUUUGCUGUCUUCGGUGGCGCUGGCCUGAGGAUGGAACGUCUUGCUAUU